CCUAUCCCAUAGCUUGCCGUAGAUAAUUAUGACACCACAAUAGUAACAAUUUUCUCUCUCUCACUUCAAAUCUCCUUCUCUUUUCGCUUACUCCCCCUUCCUUCUUCGCGAUCCAUCACUGCCAAAUCUCCCCAAGAUUUCGAUUCCACACUGUUUCGGUGAUCGAUUUUCUCCAUAACCCUCGAUCCACAUAGGUCAUCUAUAAAAAUCCAAAACCCUAGUUUUUUCUUUUCCUUAAUUUCAUGGUGGAGUUUUAGAUUAGGCACAAACCCUUCAAUGAUUAUGGUCCCUUUCGUUUUCCCUCGGAGCAAAAUUUCAUGGGUGUUCCUAAAGUUUUUGAAUUGAAUCUCUUUUCCCUGUGAUUUUGUGUUCUGAUUUUGGGGCGAUGAAGUGUAUAUAUCUAUCUCGCGAAUUUCAUUGAAGGGGAGAGUGUUUUUCAUCUUGUUAGGUGAUGGUUAUUGCGAAUUUUUCACAAAGGAGGAAGCUUGGGAGGGUUUUGGAUGGUGGGUCUUGUUGAUUGAGUUUGGAUCAGUGAGUGGAAUUUUGCCGUGUAUAUUGGUUCUAGGUUAUUUGUUUUCUUGGCUUUGAAGAUUUCCAUAUCAUAGAUUGUAGAAGUGGGUGAUGGAAAAGCAGGAAUUGACCUCGUGCUUGCACUAGAAUAAAAAUAUUUGAGGGUUUUUAUUUUAACCGUAUUUGGUGUUUGGAGCAGAAGAGUAUUUGGUUAUGGUUCUCAUUAGGGUGAGAUUGUGUUAUGAAUGUUGUAAGUGAUGAUAACUAUUGACUAGUGCUCUUUGUGGUUGAUACUUUGCAUUAUUCAUUGGUUGGAAAUAUUUAGCUGUUUUCAUCAACUUUGUGGAGAGGAAUUAUUGGGUUGAGAGAACAAAAUGAGCUUUGAAAGUGAAGAUAAGGGCUUGUUGGAUCAGGCAACUGAUCAAGGAUUGGAAAAGAAGUUAAAAAUUUCAUACACAAGGGAGUUUUUGUUAUCGCUAAGUGGAUUGGACAUAUGCAGAGAGUUGCCUAGUGGGUUUGAUCGAUCACUUUUAAGUGAAUUUGAAGAUGCUUCUCAAGAUCGGCAGAGAAGUACAGGUGGUUUGUCAAUGCAUAGUUUUAGUCGACGCAAUGAGUAUAGUUCAUCCCCUCCCACCAAAGGCGAUAGCUUUUCCCGGGGAAUACAUGGAAAAUGGGAAACUCGAUCUUCAGGACUGUCUGAUAAAGACAGUGAUUCUCAAUCUGAAUUGGAUUCAGAUUUUGGAAAACGUUUUGGCAAUCAAUCGCGUAGAUCUUGGCAAGGUCCUGAGCAUGAUGGGCUUCUAGGUAGUGGUUCUUUUCCUCGACCCUCUGGGUAUACUCCUGGGUUGUCUGCCUCGAAAUUUCGAGCUAAUGACAACUACCAGCUAAAUCGGUCUAAUGAGCCUUAUCAUCCUCCUCGCCCUUAUAAGGCACCUCACUCACGUCGGGAGACUAAUGACUCUUUUAAUGAUGAAACAUUUGGUUCUUUGGAGUGUACAAGUGAAGACAGGGCUGAAGAAGAAAGAAAAAGAAGAGCUUCUUUUGAAUUGAUGAGAAAGGAACAACAUAAAGCUUUCCAAGAAAAGCAUAAGUUGAACCCGGACAAGAAUAACAGCGAUUUUGACACAACUUCACUUGCUGACGACGAUGAGAAAAUGCUAGUUAAUAGGAGCAACAAGUCUGUGGAGCCUCAUGUGACUCUACCAGCUUUAAGCAAUGAUGAGAAAUCUUCUUCCCUUUCACAGACUCCUUCAGCAGCAAGACCACUUGUACCCCCUGGUUUUGCAAGUACAAAGUUGGAACGCAAUUUGGCAACCAAAACAUCCCUUAACACUCAUUCAACAGAGGUUGGACGACCUGCACCUGGUGAUACUGGAGAAGUCUUGGAAGCAUCAGAUGACAAUGGAUUUAUUCAACUUAAUGCUGAAGUAAAAGGAAAGGAGGCCAUGGGAGCUUUCAAUCCAGACAAUUCAAAUUCUAUCCUAUACAAGCUUUUUGGUAACGCUUCAACGCUAGACAAUGACAAAUCAACUAGUAUUGUUGAGCAGCCUGAUCAAAAAGCAGAUGAGACAUGGAGUCCACAUGCCUUCCAAUCUUCCAAGUUUGCUCAUUGGUUUGUUGAAGAAGAAAAGAAGCCAGUGGAUGACUUGAAACAUAGGCCAAAUGACUUGCUCUCACUUAUCGUUGGUGGAGAAAAAGGAGGGUUGCAGAAUUCUAAUGUAGAAACACCCGAGCCUAUAGCAGCUAAUUUUACUUUCCUAAAUCCUGAAUCAACUGGUGAGCAUAUGACAUCAAAUGUAGCACAUACUACUAUUGAUAACUCUGAGCAAUUGUACAAGAGUGAUAAGCCUGAAGUUUUACCAGCAGUUCUUACAUGUGAAGAUUUAGAACAGUCAAUUUUGUCACAAGUUGGUGAAAAUGGUUCAUCACGUCCACGACCCAUUCAGGACAAAGAUUUUGAUGCAAAAACUGAGCAGUUGACUCCAGUUGAUAAUCAUGCAUCCCAGCACCUCCUUUCUUUGUUACAGAAGGGAACCUCACUCAAUGAUAUGGAACUAUCAUCUAUUCUAGAUUCUUCAGACAAGGUGCUUAAUACUGAAGGAGUCACUACCGGCAAUGUUCUUGAUAAUCCCGGAGAAGCAAAUGUUGAUGUUUCCAAUUCAUCAAAGACAUUGACACUUGAAACACUUUUUGGGUCAGCUUUUAUGAAGGAGCUUCAAUCAGUUGGAGCACCCCUUUCUGUUCAAAGGGGUUCAGUUGCAUCUGCAGGGCCUGAUGUUUCACAGGCUCUUUUGUUUCCUUUCCCUACCUCAGACAAUGUUCACCCUCCUACAGGUGAACUUACGCUGAACAGGCACGGAAGUGGUGUCCUGCCAUCAGAACAAACAAAUCAACCCAAAUCUAAUAGAUUUGAAGAGCAGUGGUUGGGGUAUGGUGAUUCUCAGGGAGAUGGUAAUUCAUCAUUACUUCAGAGUGAAAUUUCCAAAGCUAGUGGUUUCAAGGGGCCUCAUGAUGUUCACCUUCUAGAAGAAGAUAGCUUGAUUACUGUUAGUGAUCCUCUGCAAAACUUUUUAUCUGCUGGAAAUUUAGUUAAAACAGAUUUGUCCCAAGACACAACAGUUGACAUUACUAGAAAACUGGCAGCUCUGAAUUCUGCAUUUAGAGAUGACCGACUCAUUAUGAGAAAUCAAGAAGGUCUAGCUUUCCCUCGUGGUCCAUAUGAUAUGAGGGAACCUGGUAUUCCAUAUCAGAAUCUUAAUGUCCAACGAUCUCCUCAGAUCCACUCUCAGUUGAAUCACAGUGGUCCAAUGUUUAACCAACUGGAUUCUCAUCCUCCUCAUAUAAGUUCUUAUAUGAAGCUUCCAACUCCUGAGAGCAUGGUUCAUCAUGACUCACCACCAAAUCAUCAAUUUCCAGGAAAUAUGCUUCGUCCUCCUUUCCAUCAAACAAACAAUGGACUAGCAGGGUUUGAUCCUCCCGCUCAUCAUUCUAUGUUACAACAACAGAUGCAUAUGCAAGGAAACCUUCCCUCACCUCAUUUAUUACGUGGAUUCCCAAGAGGUGCACCUAUGCCACCUCAUCCCAGCAAUCCAAUGACUGGCUUCAUGCAGGAACCAAACCCUAUGCAAGGUCAAGGCUUCCCAUUUAAUGGUCACCAGCAUCCUACUUUUGGUGGCCCUGGAAUGCAAUUACAAGCUCCUGAUGUUGGCGGUGGAAGAAAUCAUCCAGAAGCACUUCAGAGGCUUUUUGAGAUGGAGCUGAGGUCAAAAAACCCAAAGCCAAUCCAUGCUUCAGGUCACAGCCAGGGGAUGUAUGGUCAAGAGCUAGACUUGGGUUUUGGGUAUAGAUAGUGUAUUGUCAUUGUUGAUGUGUAUACUUAGUUUGUAUUCACCUGAUGUUGUGCUUCUCUAUACCCCCUGCAUGGAAGAUGGGUUUCAUAUGAUGCUUUCCUUUGAAAAAAUUAGCUAUUCUGUAAAUGAUUUUUCAUCAAUUUGCAUUUUGCUGGGAUUUCAAUUUUUGCUGCCUUCUUUUGUUAACAUAAUUAAAGUGCUUAUUAGCAGGAA